UAGGUCAUAACAAGUUGCUUUCAAUGCACAGGAUGAUGAGCAGAUGCACUUUCUGCAUAAUGUUCUGCAUCUUCUCUCUAUGCUAUUAUGGGGUCUCCUUAGAGUGGCAUGGAAAGGAACUUAACAGAAGUUACAGUUAUACAGAAGAACUUACUGUCAGUGAUACAGACCUGAAAAUAUGCAAUAACCACAAAAAUAUGUGUGUCAUGGAUACGGAAGACUGUGCUUCUAUACCAUCACAUGGGCAGGACAGUUUUUUGAACACAUCAUGCCGUUACCAUGUCCUACAGAAAUCAUUUGCUUGCAAAUGGACUUAUUUAAAUAAUGUCAAAGCCAAAACAACAAACUCAUUUGUUUUCAUUCAACGUGAAGACUUCAAACAUUGUCCUAGCAUUUUCAGCCCAAUUGCUGCCUUUAAUAUGAACAUAAUAUCAAAGGAUAUCGUCAACAAAGCAAAAUUAAUCUCAGAAGCUUACACAGUAUCCAUCGAAGCAAUAACCCAAGCUCCACGUCCUGUUAUCACAUCAGUGAAUGCAACAUCAGCAACAUCACUAAAUGUAACAUGGACCAAAGGUCACUGGCACAGCACGAAAUGUCAAAUCCGUUACAAAUGCUCCACUACAGAACAAUGGACAGUGGUAAAACUUUUACAACAAAAGGAUUUAUUGACUGUCCCUGAGAAAGAAGAAUUAGAGAUUUCACAUGAAAUUGAUGGCCUGCAGCCUUUUAGCCAGUAUAAUCUUACUGUUGCCUGUAGCGGGGAUUAUGGGCUAUGGAGUGACUGGAGUGAAGAAUUUCAAGGAAUGACAUUCGAGGCUAUUCCCACUGCACCACCUUAUGUCAGUUUUUAUGUUGAGCCUUCUGAUAACAGAUCCAAGCCUCAAAAGCUGAUACUUAUCUGGAGGGCUUUGGAGAUAAAGGAGGCCAGAGGAUACAUUCUUGGAUAUGAGGUGACAUACACACCUACUAAACAGCCAGGUUUGAAGAGAACAAUUUAUACUACGGAUCAGAAAGCUAUCUUAGAAGUGACUGCAGGGGACUAUAACCUGACAGUAAUGGCCCAUAACACUGCUGGAUGGUCUCCCUCAACUAAUCUUCGAAUCAAUGCUGGUGUUUUACAAAGUGUGCCAAAGAUAAAAGGACUCUGGGCCAGCAGUGAAGCAUUUUCACUGAAGAUCCGAUGGGAGACAGCAGCUGUGAAUGUUAGUGAGUUUGCCAUUGAGUGGUUCUCUUUUGGUGAUGUUGCCUCGAAACAAUGGAAAAGACUAAAUGGCUCAACAUUUUCAACAGUUCUGACAGGUCACAUCAAGCCCCUAAAGAACUACAGCAUCAGUGUGUAUUCUCUUUAUGGAACUCUGUGUGCGCCCCCAGAAACGAUUCAAGCCAGUCUAGUGUAUGGAACACUUCUAGACAUUGUUCAGCUGCAACCUGAAAUUGUGACAAAAACAUCAGUGACAGUCCAGUGGGUGUGGAAAGAACAAUCCCCAACCACAAAUGUUCUUCAGUAUAGACUUGUGUUAAGUGGUGCCAAUGAAACAAGAUCAUUAGUGAUUUUCCCAAAUCAGUGGCAGCACACAUUCCACAACCUACAGACAAACGUCAAGUACAUCGUAUCUAUUUAUGGCGAGACUACAUCUGGUCACUUUUUGAAGGCAAACACUGAAUUUACAAUGCCUCAUCUUGGUGAGUAAUCCUCUGCAAAAUGGAGCGAUGUUAAUAAAAACAAUACAUUUGAUUAUUUCAAUAAUAAAGUUGCAUUUUAUUUUUUUUUUUUUCAGAAACUGAUGAAAUAAUAAAAGUUGCUGUUCCAAUAGUACUUCUUAUUGUUAUAUUCAGUAUUUUCUCAGUUCUCUCCAGAACCGUGUAAGUACCAUAUUUAUCCUAUGUUCAGCUAAUUCAUAUUUAUUCUUGUUUUUAAAUCUGUUCUGUAAGUUCUAUAAUAAUACUUGGCAAUAAGUGUGGAGAAAAUUAUAUAUUGCCUGGAAAUAAUUAGAGUCAUUCAUUCAUUCAUUUAUUUAUUUACAUACUCUUUGUAUAAGAACAUACUACCAAUAUUUCAACACACUUUCUCACAGCUAUAAGGACUACUUUUUCCCCAACAUCAGUAACCCUGGGCAUAGUCUUAUUGGACACUGGCUGCUAAAUCAUCCACAUGAGGUAAUGACUAAACUGUCUUAUGUUCUUAUGUCAGCUACAGUAGUAAUCAACAUUAUAUGAAUUAAAAAACACGAGCUGUCAUUUUUUUUACUAUACUUUCUCUUUUCAGUUUCAUUUAUGCAUUUGUUUAUUUUUCCUUUUUGCAAAUGUUCCACUGUUUUCUUCUGAAUUUUCAUGAGUGGAACAGCUCAGCAUUUAAUAUUGGCCAAGCAAUCAGCAAGUGAAUGUAGUUGUUAAAAAUAACAGAUUGUUGUUAUAAAUAACAGUUCUACCUUGGUUGUUAAAAAGACCAGAAAUGUAUAGGAUAGGAAGGUUUGAUAAAACCUUUAGGCUACUUCUUGAGCAGACAUUGGUAUUUAAUAUUGAUCUUGUUUAAAAGAUAAGUAAAGACAAUAUAUCUGGUAUAUCAACAGACAAUGUGUACAAUGGAUAUAAAAAGUCUACACACCCCUGUUAAAAUGGCAGGCUUUUGUGAUGUAAAAAAAAAAAAAAUUAAACCAAGAUAAAUAAUGUCAGAACUUUUUCCACCCUCAAUUUGAAAUUACAUAAAAUUAAGUGAAAAACAAUCACAAACUUUUUGGGGGGGAAAAAUGGGAUAAAUAAUAAUAAUAAAAAAAGUUACAAUAACCUGUUUGCAUAAGUGUGUACACACCUAAACUAAUACUUUGUUCAAGCACCUCUGGAUUUUAUUACACCACUGAGUCUUUUUGAGUAAGAGUCUAUCAGCAUUGGACUGACUUGGCAAGAUUUUCCAACUCUUUCUUGCAAGAACACUCCAACACUCCAAAAACAGAUCCAUUAAAUUGUGAGGUUCAGGUUUGGGGUGAUUUAGUUGGGAUGUCAGCGAUAGGUCUCUUGGCAGCCUCCCUGGUAAGUUUUUGCCUUGUCCGU